AUGGCCUCUACCAGGAAGGGGCCCCGGGAGCUGCUGGCGACUGAGUCCUCGUGGGGACAGGACCGGGCCCUUGGGAAGUGCUGGGGGCUGAAGAGAUUAAAUUCACUUCAAGAACUUCAGCUCCUUGAGAUCAUGUGCAAUUAUUUCCAAGAACAAACCAAGGAUUCAGUCCGGCAGAUCAUUUUCUCAUCUCUCUUCAGCCCUCAAGGAAACAAAGCAGAUGACAACAGGAUGGCUUUAUUGGGAAAGCUGGUUUCCAUGGCAGUUGCUGUGUGCCGAGUUCCCGUUCUGGAAUGUGCUGCCUUCUGGCUGCAGCGUACCCCCGCUGUGUACUGUGUGAGGCUAGCCCGGGCUUUGGUUGAUGACUACUGCAACUUGGUGCCAGGCUCCAUCCAAACACUGAAACAGAUAUUCAGUGCCAGUCCUCGCUUCUGCUGCCAGUUCAUUACAUCAGUGACGGCUCUCUACGACCUCUCUUCAGAUGACCUCAUCCCUCCUUCAGAUCUGCUCGAGUUGAUUGUUUCCUGGAUCUUUGAAGACCCCCGCUUGAUCCUCAUUACCUUUCUAAACACUCCUAUUGCAGCCAACCUGCCAAUAGGGUUUUUAGAGCUUACCCCACUCACUGGACUGAUCCGUUGGUGUGUGAAGGCCCCCUUGGCUUAUAAAAGGAAGAAGAAAGCCUCUCUCUCAAACGGACACCCCCCCAGCAAAAUUGCCAAGGACUCACCUGCAGGAGAUGACAGAGACUGCCAUCAGCUGUAUUCAAAACUGCAUUUAAGUGUCCUGCAGGUUCUUAUGAUGCUUCAGGGGCACUUAACAGAGAAGAACCUUUACGGGCGCCUGGGGUUAGUGCCCUUUGACCAUGUGGUUCCACUUGUUGAGGAAAUUAACAGACUGUCUGAUGAACUCAAUCCUCUCAAUGCGUCCAAAGAGAUCGAACUGGCUCUAGACAGACUGGCUCAGGCUUUGCAAGUGGCCAUGGCAUCAGGAGCACUGCUGUGCACUCGGGAUGACUUGAGAACUGUAUGCUCCAGGCUACCACACAACAACCUGCUCCAGCUGGUGAUUUCAGGUCCAGUACAACAACCAACCCACGGUGCUCUGCCACCAGGAUUUUAUCCUCAUAUCCAUACUCCUCCUCUGGGCUAUCCUGCACAUGCAGCACACCCUGCAUUACCUGCACAUCCGGCUCACCCGGCUCACCCAGCGCUCCCGGCUCACCCUGUACAAACAUUUAUACCAGGAAUGACGUUCCCAUACAGACCUAUUCGCUAAAAAACUAGACUGUGAAAUGUAACCAGUUCCCCUUAGCUUGAGGAAGCCUUGCAGAGGAAACCAAACGUUUUGGGAACCACAUUUUUCCUCUUUGGUCUAAAGCUGAGCAAUGCCUGCAUGAGGGAUCAACCCUUCAGGAGUAGCGAAGACAGAGAUGGGUAGGCUGCGCUUGCUUUGAAUGUGGGAUGCAGAUACGAAGACAGAUCAUAUGGAUGAAAGGAGGGGGGUGGAAGUAGGGAAAAAAA